AUGUUCAUAGCUCAAAGCGAUGUAAGAAAUGAAGGAAAGGGUUAUUUUUCGACGACUCUUAAAAUGAAAAAGGAAGUGAUUCUUGCCGCUUUCACUCGGGCGGUGAGGAUGUCGACGCCAUCGAGGAAAAGGUUGAUGAGGGAUUUCAAGCGAUUGCAGCAGGACCCUCCGGCCGGCAUCAGUGGCGCGCCAUAUGAUAAUAACAUCAUGCUCUGGAACGCCGUUAUUUUUGGCCCUGAUGACACUCCUUGGGACGGAGGUACAUUUAAGUUGACACUUCAAUUCUCUGAGGAUUACCCAAACAAGCCGCCAACAGUGCGAUUCAUCUCCCGAAUGUUCCAUCCGAAUAUUUAUGCAGAUGGAAGUAUUUGCUUGGAUAUUCUGCAAAAUCAGUGGAGUCCAAUAUAUGAUGUGGCAGCUAUACUUACAUCUAUCCAGUCACUGCUCUGUGAUCCGAAUCCGAACUCACCAGCAAAUUCUGAAGCAGCUCGGCUGUUUAGCGAAAACAAGCGCGAAUAUAACAGGAAGGUGCGUGAGAUUGUCGAGCAGAGCUGGACAGCAGACUAA